AUUCAGAUUGUUCCAUCGAUCAUUUGAAGACACUGAGAGUGAGAUCAGCUUCAGCAAGAGUUCACCGUAUUUUCCAUCUCCUUCAGUUAUCAACUCACAAGGACCGAAAUGAGGAUUCACGCGAUUCUUCCACUUUGUGUCGUGCUUUUAUCUACCGCUGGAUGUGUUUCAGCGCAUUGCUCUUGGGGAUGGAAGCAACUCGACAGCUUUUGCUAUUAUGCGAGCAGCUCAUCAAUGACUUGGCACCAGGCCCAACAAUUCUGCCGAAGAAUGGGAGGAGACCUAGUAAAGAUUACCAGUGCGCGGGAAAACGAGUUCGUUCUGGCUCUCGCGAGGAGGUUUGCACCAACAAGGAAACAAGUGUGGAUCGGCCUGAUGUGGACCGCUAACGACUUCUACUGGAGUGAUUACUCAGUACCAGUCUACAAGGCCUGGGCUCCCAAUGAGCCAAAUGGAAAAUCCCGGGAACCCUGCAGCAACAUGUGGACUGGGCACACAUCCUCUCUGCCGAUCAGAGCAAACGGUUACUGGAAUGACCUGC